AGCGGUGGGGGAGGCCAAGGUGGAGUCUUGCUGUGGAAGGAAGCCAUUACUCCUACUGGUCAAGUAGCCAGCGAGCCAGUCUUCCUCCACACCCCAACCCCACUCCCCCCUCUAUUGGCGGAGAGAGAGAGGCCAAGGAGGGAGAUCCACUCCGUCCGAUGGCGAUGGCGCCGCCGCGUCUGCUGCGGGGCCUCAUCGCGCCGAUGUCGCCGGCGGACUGGCUGCCCUGCCACCUCCAGCUGCUGGCCUCGUCCGCCUCGCUCCUGCACCGCUGGUGGCUCCCCUCGCUCGCGCGCCUCCGCUGCCCCUCCUGCUCCGACGGAUUCAAGCUCUUCCUCGUCCUGCUCCUCUUCUCCGCCGCCCUCGCCGAGGUCCGCUUCGUCGCCUCCGCCUCCAUGGCGCCCACCCUCCGCCCGGGCGACCGCGCCGUCGCAGAAAAAGUCACCUACAUGUUCCGGAAGCCAUCUGCCGGGGAUGUAGUCUUCUUCCGGGUGCCCGCCGCCCUGCAGAAUUGCGGCAUAAAUAAAGAUGUUGUAUUUAUUAAGAGGGUUGUUGCCACCCCUGGAGAUUUCAUCGAGGUCCGACAAGGCCAGCUUAUUGUUAAUGGUGUUGCACAAAAUGAACAUUACACCGCACCCCAUGGUGGGUCGGACACGAUGGAAGCCAUGCGCCUCCCUGAAGACCAUGUAUUCGUCAUGGGUGAUAACCGCAAUAACAGCUGCGAUUCUCGUGCCUGGGGACCUCUUCCUAUCAGCAACAUUGUUGGGAGACACAUCAUGUCCUUUACAAGAUCCUCCCUCCAAUAGCCAAGGCGAAGAUCUUCGACGGCCACCAGAGUUGCCAAACCCCUCCUCGAUGCCACUCGAUAUGAUGUUAUCGAGCUAUGUUGGGCCUCGAGCCCCUAGCAUGUAAAUCUGUGAGACCUUCCUUUCCUGUCUUAGCACGGUACCGUUGUAUGUGUAGUGACUUAAUCCCGGGGAGCACUGAAUAGUGACUUGUAGCUGUUGUCACUCACCCCCCACGGCCCCACCCCUGGACUGUCAGCUGUUAAGCUUACCUGUUGGUAGAACCUGCAAGAUGUACCUAAAGGUUACACCUUCUAGUAACCUUAGCUGUCGAAUCUAAUCGGUAAUGUUAUUAUUACCAUGCACCGUGUGCUUGGCUGUCAAUCAAAAAAGGAAAAAUCUGCAUGCCU